CGGCCGCGUGCGAGCCCCAUACUCACCUGCAGCAAGUGCACAAAGCGUGUUCGACGUCGCGGACCCAACGCGCAACGAGCUAACGACAGUUCUUGCAUUCAUUUGACCAGCAGUGACUCUGCUGCUGCCAGUGUGCAGCGUCUGCUGGGCACGCAUAGCUGCAUGCGAGCCCUCGCCGUCGUCGCGGGAGCUGCAGCGGUGCAGCGCACGACAGCUGCAGCGGUGCAGCGCACGUCAAUCCGCGGCCAUGCCGUGCGCCGCGUCGACGGCAUCGACGGGCUGUACGUCUACGCUGUCGCGUACGGUGGUGGCAGCGAUGGCACCCCGCACGACGCAUUAUCAACACAACUCUGGCCAUCAGCACGGAUCGCUGGAGGCCUCCUCGCCGACGCGGCGCCGGCAUCGAUGGUCGAGAUCGGCUGCGGUCUCGCGCUGCCCAGUCUGGCGGCCGCGCGCGCCGGCGUUUCUGUCCUCGCGACAGACCGCGACUCUGUCGCGCUGGAUUUUGUGAGUGCAGCUGCCGCGGACCAGGGCCUCGACGUCUCAACUCAGCUCUUCGACGUAGAAGAUGAAUCCUCACCCUUGCCGCCCGGAGAACUCGUAGUGAUCGCGGACGUUUUUGUGACGGAUCCCGUCGCCGAGGCCUGCGCCGCGCGCUGCGAGGAGGCGCUCCGGCGCGGCUCGGACGUCCUCGUCGUCGCGGCCGCGCGGUCGACGCGUGACGCGUUCCUGGGGGCGCUCGGCAGAGGCUCCUUCGGUCCCGCACCGGCGCGGCUAGAUGGGCUGUCGCUGGUGGAUGGUGGGGCUGGAUAA